AUGGAGGGGGUGAGUUUCUUGUUCAUUUUAUCGUCGGCCAUGUUUUUUGGAAGUUAUAUUGCUGGUUCAAUUCCGUUGAUGUUCAGCUUAUCAGAGGUGAGUAUUAUUCGGAAGAUUUUGGUUUAUUGGGAAACGGGAAAAAUUUAUCUUGCGAUGGAAAAAAAUAAGUAGAAAGAGAUUAUUUUUUAAUUUUUCUCUGGAAUUUAUAUUUAUAUUUAUAUAUUUAUUGAAUCACACCGAUAUACAUCCCAAACCUAAAGAAAGAACGGAAAAAAUAAGAGUGUACUCAGCAUCUCGUGGCGUACAAAAUGCGCACGAUAACUUACGCUUUCCUACACUCUUUCUACGCUUUUUGUACACUUGCCACUUUUCGCGAGUGUAGCUACAUUGUACGACCGCGUUGCAAGCCUGUGUGCGCUGCGGCUGUUAUUUUAUUUUUGUUUUUCUUUUCUUUUUGGCCUAAAUUUCUUUUCAAAACGUCUAAAUGAGGUAUCAUGUUAGUCUAACUAGAUCUACAUGGGUUUUAGAAGUUGAGUAUGGUUUUUGAAGUGAUCACAGAACUUUUUCGUCAAAAGAAGUAUCGUUUUUUUCAAGAUAAAUCUUGAAAUAAUUUUGAAAAUUUCGAAAAUUCAUCCAAGCUGCGAAUCAGAGUUUACCUAUGACAUUCUUUUUUCUUAUUCUCGUUCUUAUUCUUUUUACACCUGAAUUUGAUCGUAAUUUGUUGAAUUUCAGAUCAUCAUUCCGACAACUCCUAGAAUUUGCAUCAUGGCGGCCGCAAAAAGGACGAGAAGCUUCACUGGAGUUCAUCGAGGAGAUGGUUCCAAAGGUGAGUAUAACUUGAGUACUAGGAAGACUAGGAAAUCGAAACCCUACCGGCUAAUCGCCUGUCGAAACUUAGGUGAUCUGAAGUUAGCAGAUCAUUUCAUGGAGACGCAUCUUAUAAUUAUGAUUAUACGUAGUAGUUAUGGGACUUGGGAUGUCUAUGAAUAUCUAGAAAAUUGAAAAUCAUCCUAUUUUUCAGGUUGACACUUGAUGCUCCACCUACACCUACGUCGAAUGCUAACAUCGGGACAGUUUCAACGGAAGAAUAUCAGUCAAGUCCGCUGAAAAUCAAUGCCAAUACGCAUAUGCUCCGCUACCCGACUUCUAGCCCUCAACCCCGACUUCAACCACUCAACAUACCCUCAACAUCCAAGACAUUCUCAAAAAUGGUCGAAAAAAUUAAAUUUCUAAUUUGUUUAUUAUGAUUUCAUGAUUUUUGUUAUUUCAUUGAUUUCAUGUGCUGAAAGUAUAUUGAUUAAUAAAUGAUUUGUUAUAUUUUCUCGUUUCAACCUCAUCUAAUUCGCAGCGCAAAAAGGGAAAAAAUCAAUUCGAAAUUCUGUGUACGCUUUUCGUUCAAAAAAGGAAAAGUGUACGAUCUUUGUAGACGUUUUUGUAGGAUGUGCGUACAAUGUUUGUAGCGUGCGUCAUACAACAAUGUAGCUACACUUUUUGUUCGCAAAAGUGUACGCCAGGAGAUGCUGAGAUAUGUCAACACCGACUGCCCGCAAACAACAAAUUAUACGCGCAACCUUGACGCGAAAUACGCGCUGUGUGUUUUCGCGAAGAAAUUUCCGGGGGAAUUUUUAAAAAUUGGGAACCCCCCCCCCAGAUUCCAGAAGUGGACACGUUUAAAGUAUAACAUAUGGGAACCCUGAGAACCUCUCCAAUGUCGCUUUUCCCUUGGAGAAUACUAGUUGUGAAGAUAAAAGAAUUUAAAAAAAGAGAUAGUAGAGAAAUGAUAAUCGAGAUGACUGCAAUAAAACAAAAAGGCCCGCAGGUCCUAUAAAAAAGACAAGUUGGGCCAUUUGAAAGGAUGUGACUAUGUGAAUACGUGAAGUGGAUGUAACAUGAUAGUGAAUAAGAUGAAUUUGAUUAGUUGUUUCAAUAGUUAACCCUCACAAUCUGAUAAAAUAGGAUUUCACCUUUAUCUGAUUUAUAUUCGGAAAAAAGGACGUUUUCUCCAUGGAAAAGUCCGGUUUUUCUGGGCAGAAAAAGGUUUCGAAUCGGGCUGGUUCUUUGGUUAGGCCGGUAAUGGAUCGAACUGGGCUUCGAAUUAUUUUUCACGGCCGUUUUAAGAUAAUUCAAAUAUUAGUUGGACAAAAAUUCCACAGUGAUUUAAUAUUUUUAAAAUUCCACAGCAAUUUUAUAUUUCAAAAAACCAUCAGACCUCAUGUUCUUCUUCUGAAUUCCAAUUUUCAGUCAAAAAUCCGACUAAUCAGUAUAUUUGGAGCUGGUCUUCUUGUCGGCACCGCCCUUUCUGUAAUUGUUCCCGAAGGCGUUGAAGCAUUAUAUUCUGCACAAUCCGAAGCCGCCUCUCAUCACAUUCACAAUCACAAUCAUCAUGAACACGAUCAUCGAGAAGUUGUUCCAGCAGCUAUUCAAAAUCCAGCAGAAGCUAAAAAUAUUCUGGAAAGUGAAAAUAAGGUAGAAGGGGAGAAUGCACCUCCGCCUAGAAUUAUUCCGAAAGAUGCGGUUUUGAAUGAGGGGUAGGUUCAACUUGGGAAAUAUUAUUGAUUUUAUUUGAAUAUGUUUUCAGAAUACAACGAGUUGUUCGAUCGUCAGGAAAUGAUUCCGUGGAAACUAAAAAAUUCAAACGAGGUGAGAAACCAUUGUAACUUUGAAAAAAAAACAUAAAAUGUUUGUAGAAAUCGAGACGCAUUCUGUGAAUGAAAAUGAAGCAGAUUCGGAACACGGUCAUUCACAUUCACAUGGAAAUGUGCACGGUCAAAUUGGUUAUUCGCUGGUUUUGGGAUUUGUUUUGAUGUUAUUAGUUGAUCAAAUUGGAAGUGCAGCCGUGGCGAGAAGUUUGUUUUUGAAAAUUUUCAUGAAAAAUCGAUGAGAUUCUCCAGUGGGAAAACCUAAAUUGAAAAUUAAUUGGGGUUUUUUUUUCAAAUCGAAAUCGGAGGCUGACCAAUGUUCAUUUUCAUAAACAUCCAUUUUGGUUCACAAGCUUCAAUUUUUAUUCUGAUUUUUCCGACAUAAUUCUACUAAAAAACUAUCUCGCAAUUAAUUUCCCAAAAAGUCCACGUCACAGUUGCUUAGAAUUCCUAAAUGUUUUGCAGAUGAUCGAAGUGGUCGAAGUAGAAUCGGUCUUUCGGCAACAAUUGGUCUCGUUGUUCACGCAGCUGCUGAUGGAGUCGCACUUGGAAGCGCUUCAGUAAUUAAUAAAUCCGAUGUUCAACUCAUUGUUUUUGUCGCAAUUAUGUUACACAAAGCUCCCGCUGCAUUUGGUCUUGUCUCAUUUUUAUUGAUGGAAGGAAUCGAUCGACGAACAAUUCGAAAACAUUUGAUUGUUUUCUCAGCUGCUGCUCCAAUUGCUGCAUUAAUCACUUUUUUGAUUAUUAUGCAUGUAAGUUUGAUAAAUAUCCAAGGGAAUAUUUUGGGAACUCACUGAAGAAACUUAUUCAAAAAUGAAAUUGUGAAUAAUUUAGGAUUCCAAAAUUUGGUUUGAAAGUUUCAAAAUCGAAAAAUUAAUUUUUAGAUGGGUGAAAGUGUACGAUCUGAAUCAUCAACCGGUGUUUUGAUGCUUUUCUCCGCUGGCACAUUUUUAUACGUGGCAACUGUUCACGUGUUACCCGAACUUGCAAAUAAUAAACAAUCGGAUUAUUCUCUGGUAGUUGAUGCAACUGCACCGUCUUCUAUAGGACAUUCACAUUCAGGUAUUUUUUUUCUAUUUUUUAGUUCUUCCAAAUUUUUGUUUAUUUGAGGUGGUGCAAGUUUUUCCGCUAAAGAAUUGGUUCUAAUAAUUAGCGGUGCAAUUGUUCCUGCAAUUCUUGCUUCGGGUCAUUCACAUUAG